AUGGAAAGAGGUGAAGGGGGUAACCAGGUUCCAGUUCUUCCUAAAUCAGAAGUGCUUGAUGUGAUGCCACUUCGUUCAUUCCCACCGAUAUCUCUGACCGGUGAACCACAUCCUGGUUUGGUUUCUGCUGAAAAGGAACCAAACACCACAAAUGUUCAAGAUCGUGCUCCCGCACUACAUCCUCUCGCGUUGCCUGCGUCGUUCGCUACCUCCAACAACGCUUUCUCUGCUGCUGUUGGUGCUGCUCGUAGUGAUGGUCCAGUGAAAAGAGGACCUGGCCGGCCUAAAGGUUUAAGAAACUUGAAGAGACCAUUCACAUCGGUUACUACCUCCAGUAACGUUCCUCUUGCUGCUGCUGGUGGUGCACCAUUCACAUUGUUUCCUACCUCGAACAAUGUUCAUUCUGCUGAUGCUGCUGGUGCACCAUUCACAUCGGUUGCUACCUCCAACAACGUUCCUUCUGCUGCUGGUGCACCAUCCUUCACAUCGUUUCCUACCUCAAACAAUGUUCCUUCCGCUGCUGCUGCUGGUGCACCAUUCACAUCAGUUGCUACCUCCAACAACGUUCCUUCUGCUGCUGAUGGUGCACCACUCACAUCAUUUGCUACCUCCAACAACAAGAUCCAUACGAAUUCGAUAAUGUCUAUUCCAAAUUUUCAAGGCGGAAUCAGUGAAAGAGAUAGAGAAACAGGAAACGCUGAGCUUGUGAGUAGCCUUCUGAUGCGCUUUAAUGCGGUUAAAAGACGCUUGUCCCAGAUUAUCAGGAGUGGACAUGCUUUGUCGGCUCUCCGUACUUUCAAGAACCUCAAAUUGCAUACAAAUGAAAAGAAGAGGAUUGGGUCGGUUCCUGGUGUCGAUGUAGGAGACAUCUUCUUCUUAUGGGGAGAAAUGUAUUUGGCGGGGCUUCAUCUAGCCACCCUUACUAUUGAGUUCAUGGGAACUCACGAGAAUUCGGAGCCAUUAGCCAUUAGCGUUAUCUCUACAGGUAAAUACAUUGAUACAGCUCGAGACCCUGAAUCUAUAGUCUGUACAGGGCAUGGUGGUACGGAAAAGUAUGGUGGUGGUGUACCAUCACACCAAGAGCUCAAGAGAAUGAAUCUUUCUUUAUACAAUGCUUUGUGUAAGAAGACUGUUGUACGGGUGGUAAGAAAGGAAAAGGAUCAUAGGUGGAAAAAGGUCUAUAUUUACGACGGCUUGUAUUUGGUCACGGAAAUGCGGGAAGAUUACGAAGAAAACAAUUUGAGAAUUUUCAAGUUCAAGCUAGUGAGGGUACCUGGUCAAAAACCCGGUUUCCAAGUUUGGAAACAUAUCGAAGGGUGGAAGAGUGGUUUGGUUCCAAGACCAGGACUGAUUCUCGACGAUAUCUCUUUUGGGGCAGAGGUUUACAAGAUUCCUCUGGUUAACGAAGUGGACGACGAGAAGGAUCCGAUGGCUUUCACUUAUGUCACUACUCUUUCGCACUGGCUCGAGACUGUUGAUGUUAAGGUUAGUAGAUGCAAAUGUAAAGGCAUGCAAUGUGGUACAGAAAGUGGAAACUGUCUUUGCGGUCAGAGAAAUGGAUGCGACAUGCCUUAUGCUAAAAAUGUUUUGGUCGCUCGUAGACCUAUGAUAUUUGAGUGUGGGAGCUCUUGUCGCUGCAGUGCUAGAUGCCAAAACAAGAUGAUCCAGAACGGUUUGGGAUAUUAUCUUGAAGUGUUCAAGACGGUGGAGUGUGGUUGGGGGUUACGGUCUUGGGACCCGAUCCGUGCCGGUAGCUUCAUCUGUGAAUACGUAGGUGAAGUGAUCAAGAAAGGCGAAGAAGACGAUGAUGAUGACUUCUUAUUUGACUCUUCACGUGUUUAUAACUCUAUGAAGUGGAACUACGAGCAUGAGCUCGUGGGGGAGAAAAUACCUGACGUUCAAGUCUCGGAAAAGGCUGAUCUGGCAGAACCGUUGGUUAUAAGUGCCAGGAAAAUUGGGAACGUGGCUAGAUUUAUUAACCACAGUUGCACCCCUAAUGUCUUGUGGCAACCAAUGAAGCGUGAAAUCUAUGGCAAGUUAUAUCUACACAUUGGACUGUUUGCUAUGAAGCAUAUACCUCCAAUGACAGAGUUGAGGUAUGAUUAUGGAGCUUCGGUAAGAGAAGGGAAGAAGGUGUGUAGGUGUGGAUCAGACUUCUGUAGGGGCGCAUUUGGAUGA